AUGGUCGGCUUUUGCGCUGAUUUGUUCGACGAAAUUGACGAGAGAACACAUUCAGUCCGCCUGUGCCUUCUGAAGGCGAAGGGUUUGGGAAAUUCCGAAAAAGAUGUGAUAUCAGUGCUUCUUGCUUCUGGAAAUGUUGAAGGAUCUUCUCAAGUCUUCCUUUGA